UCUUAUGUUUGCGCGCGACAAACAUUCCUUCCGAGCACUCUGAUGUCCUCGAUUUGUCUGGGAUGAAUGCUAUCAGCCAAUAGGAAUCCCCGUAUUGUUUCGAACCGAUGAUGAGCUGUAAGUGUUUUGAGAGAAAGCCCAAGUAUUUAAUUUGCCCCAGCAUUUAGCGUUCAUGAGCGUCUCAAUAUCGUUUGGCCUGCUAAAUUAAGUUUGUACUGCUUGAUUGGAGGUGAAGAAUCUGCUUAGAACACGGAGGUACAUGUUACUUAAUGAGAAUUCUCACCUAACCCGUUGAUAGCGUUUUGAAAAAGUGUGUAUCAUGCGCAAACGAAAAACGAGCCACCAACCCAAUUUCAAAGCUGCACGAGCGGUCGUUCUUGGACAAGACGGAGUAGGAAAAUCAGCUCUUAUCGUCCGUUUUCUUACGAAAAGGUUUAUCACCGAAUAUGACCAAACGUUGGAAUCAACAUGGAGACACCACAUGGAAGUGGAUAACGAUUUCAUAUACGUUGAUUUAAUGGAUACCGCUGGAGAGAAUUCAGAAGUAAAGCUAGACAAUUGUCUUGCUCGUGGUGACAUAUUCCUCGUACUGUACUCCAUCACCGAUCGUUCGAGUUUCCACGAAGCUGCUCGUAUUGGAAGACACAUCCGGAGACGAAAAACCAACGGAAAUUCGGCGAUGGUAAUUCUUACUGGUACCAAAAGAGAUUUAGAACACCUUCGAGAAGUGGAUGAAACAGAAGGCAGCGAUUUGUCUCAAGAACUAAAAUGUCCGUUUUAUGAAAUUUCCGUUGCUUCAAGCGACGGAUACAAAGAGGUGUCAGAGAUGCUCUAUGGAUCAGUCAGACAGUACUUACGGCAUGGAAAAAUCUCUUCUAACGAUAAACGGAACCAGCCUUCCUCGUUGUCGAAGAUGAAGGAAGGACUGAUAAAGAAAACGGGAUCUUUUCGGAGGAAAUCUGUGACGUUUUGAGUCGUGAAGAUGGUGUAGCCUAAACUGACGAGCGGACUGAUAACUGCAACAGUUUUGAAGACCACAACUGUUUUAGUUUUGCUCGGUCUUGAUAGAAGAUCUGCCUGAGCGCGGAAUCUUAACGCCGGAAAAUCAUUUCCUACGUCUAGUCUCCGUUUAGUUCAAGUUUACCUCGAAGUGAAACGAUCUUCCUUACGUUAAUUAAGCCUCAAAUUCUGAGGCACCGGGAACAGUCAUCUGGGUACAGCUUCUACCAUACAGAUAUUGUUUAAACUUACGUAUAUACUCAGGUUUACACAGAACGAAUCACGCUACGAUUACGCUAAGCGCACUCGUAAUACUAAUCGACGGAUACUUCAACGGAUAGGAUUAGGAUACGCACGCGAUAAAAUGAAGAGCUAAACAGACUAAUGAGUAGAAACAAGUGUUGUAUAAAAUUGACUAUUCAAAACUUUAAAACGUGCAACUACUAACAAACGCGAAGGCGACGUUCCACAGAACCCAUUGACGUGACGUGACCCACACUUUUCCACGUUUAGUGAUCAUUCAUAGAAAAGAACACGUAGAUUGCAUCCAAAACGGUAAAAAACUCAAAGGGGUAGUAAAAGUAUAAUAAAUCUUUCUUUUUGUCUUGGGGAUUGA